CAAGUGCCAUUUCACAUCAGGGAAAGAACAAGGAAUUCUUGCUUCAACAGUGUUUGAACGGAAUUUCUUUCGCCCGUUGUUUAUUUCGACUACUCCGCCUUUCGGGCCAAAAAAAGAAAUCUUUUUCUACUUGAAAACUACUGAAACUUCGACGUAAAGCUCUAUUUUUUGUACCGUUUUGCUAAGAAAAAGCACAAGAAACGCCAGCUAAAAUGGAGUCCCAAGUGCGUCAGAACUACCACCGUGACUGUGAGGCCGCCGUCAACCGAAUGGUCAACAUGGAGCUUUAUGCCUCCUACACCUACACCUCCAUGGGCUUUUACUUCUCCCGUGACGAUGUGGCCCUCCCAGGCUUUGCCCAUUAUUUCAAGGAGUGCAGUGAUGAGGAGAGGGAGCACGCUGAGAAGCUGCUGUCCUUCCAGAACAAGAGAGGAGGACGCAUCUUUCUCCAGGAUAUUAAGAAACCAGAGCGUGAUGAGUGGGGCAGUGGGCUGGAGGCCAUGCAAUGUGCCCUGCAGCUGGAGAAGAAGGUCAACCAGGCUCUGCUUGACCUGCACAAGCUUGCCUCUGAUCAUACAGACCCACAUAUGUGUGACUUCCUGGAGACCCACUACCUGAAUGAACAGGUGGAGCACAUGAAGAAGCUGGGUGACUACAUCACCAACCUCAGCAAAAUGGAUGCUGGCAAGGACAAGAUGGCAGAGUACCUGUUUGACAAGCACACCCUGGAGGGCAAGAGCUAAACACAGAGGCCCAUGAAUGAGCCUCAUGUCUGUCUUGGCAGCAACAGGCUUCUGCUCCAGUUUACUCACUGAGCUUAAUCUUGUAUCUAAUCUUCUUAACCUACCAAGUUCUGUCUUUUGGUGGUGGUUAAAAUGGUAUGGAAGAACAGAUGUCACCAGGUUACAGCUUUGUUCUUGAUUGUGUCAGCCUUUUCUUGUAACACUUGAGUUUUGAGUUUCUGAUCUGUCAAUGCAAAUAAAACAUUUUGAGCUGGA